AUGUCGGCGCGCGCGCUGCUGUGCGUGGCCGCCGCGCUGGGGCCGGCGUUGGCCUGGGCGCGCUACCGCCCGGCCUGGGCCAGCCUGGACGCCAGGCCGCUGCCCGCCUGGUUCGACCGGGCCAAGGUCGGAGUGUUCGUGCACUGGGGGGUGUUCUCGGUCCCGGCCUGGGGCUCCGAGUGGUUCUGGUGGCACUGGCGGGGCGAGCGCCGGGCUGAGUACGAGCGCUUCGUGCGGGGCCGGUACCCGCCCGGCACCACCUACGCCGACUUCGCGCCCCGGUUCACGGCCCACGACUUCCAGCCCCGCGAGUGGGCUCGGCUCUUCCAGCGGGCUGGGGCCAGAUAUGUGGUACUGACCACAAAGCAUCACGAAGGCUUCACCAACUGGGGCUCACCCGUGUCCUGGAACUGGAACUCUCUGGAUACGGGGCCUCACCAAGAUCUGGUAGGAGAGCUGGGACAAGCCCUCAGGGAGAGCAACAUACGCUAUGGACUGUACCACUCUCUGCUGGAGUGGUUUAAUCCACUCUAUCUAGCUGACAAAGAAAGUGGCUUCAAGACCCAGAACUUCGUUGUAAAGAAGACCAUGCCAGAACUUUAUGAUCUUGUCCUAAGGUAUAAACCAGAUUUGAUUUGGUCAGAUGGAGACUGGGAGGCUCCGGACUCGUACUGGAAUUCCACCUCUUUCCUUGCCUGGCUUUAUAACGAUAGUCCUGUCAAGGACACAGUUGUUGUUAACGAUCGUUGGUGUAACAACUGCUCUUGUCACCACGGAGGCUACUACAAUUGUGCUGACAAAUACAAGCCAGGGACCCUGCCAGCUCACAAGUGGGAGAUGUGCUCCUCCAUUGACAGGCGAUCCUGGGGCUACCGGAGCAACAUGAACCUCACGGAGCUGAUGGAUGAAGGAAGUAUCAUUGAGGAGCUAGUGCAGACUGUGAGUUUUGGAGGCAACUACCUUCUCAACGUGGGACCUACAAAAGAAGGGGUGAUUGUUCCCAUCUUCCAAGAGAGACUCCUGGCCCUCGGGAGGUGGCUGGACACCAAUGGGGAGGCAAUUUACGAGUCAAAGCCAUGGAGAGUACAGAUGGAGAACAGCACAAACACGGUCUGGUACACUUCCAAGGGACCGGUUGUUUAUGCCAUCUUUCUGAUCUGGCCUCAGGACAGUGUUUUGAAGCUGUCCUCACCUGCUCCAUCCCCAGACACACAAGUGACCAUGCUGGGCUUCGCAGGGACCCUGCCCUGGCAGCACUCCCCAGGGGAAGGACUGCUCAUAACGCUGCCCUACAUGCUGCCCUCUCCUCUCCCUCCUCAGUCUGGCUGGGCUGUCAGGCUCCAGGGUGUGAAGUGACGGCUGCAGGAUGACAGCAGCAAUGUCCCCCUGCCUUUUCAGUUGGCUCUAAGAGGACUGUUCAUUGAUUGAUGAAUAAACUGCU